AUGGUAGCUCUUGCUGCAGCGGGAACAGCAACAGCACUCAACAUGUCAGAAUCCAAUCACACCACCCUUUUCACUUCACUCCUCAACGACGGCAAGCUUGCGCCUCACAAGUGCAACAUCAGGGCUGUCCAGCGGCACAAAUUUGGUCCCACUGAAGAUCACUACCCUCAACUGAGUCGUGAGAUGUCUCCAUACAGCAAGGCCGACUUUCUGACUCCGCAAGAGCUGCAAGAUAUGUGCUUGCGCGAACUGUCUAGGGUACGCGACUACUUCGGUAGUCGCCCGGUCUAUUGGGCGCCCUCAAGCCAUGUCGACGGUACUGUCGAGGCAAACGACCAGGAUCCUAGCCUACAGCUGAUCCAGAGCCUCACUGACCCUGACAUUGAGGCAAAGGAUGCAGUUGCAAGCUUUCCAAGCGAGACUCUGGAUCAAAUCUGUCUCGAAGCUGAUCUCGCAACCGCUGACGAUGUUCUGCAUACAACUCACACGACGUGCACUGUUAUUUCGAACGAAACAUUGAUCCCAUUGCAACACAGCAGCGAAGGCACAACUACCACCACUGUUCUAGCAGGUUCCAUGAUUUGGAUCAUCUGGCCACCUACCACGCACAAUCUCAACAUCCUCCGAGCCACAUACGAAGAAUUUGCACUAGAAUGCAAGGAGGAGGCCCUAGACGCAACUCGAGAUCUAGAAGGCGGUAUAGUGCUCACGCAGAUUGAGGGCGAGAGUCUGCGCAUUCCUCCCUACUGUCCCAUGAUGGGUCUUUCAUUACACACCUCUGUCCUAGCCACAAACUCCACAACCACCAUCAGCAACUUCAUCUCCAUGCUGCAAAAAGCUCCCUUACUCAAAGCAUGGUUCCGAACCGAGACCGACGGCAAACGCAAACAAGCCGAUUUCAGCAACCGCAUGUUGAACUCGCUCGACUUGCUCCUCAACGGCGAUGAGGACCCAGAAUCUGAAAACCUCGCCAGACUACUUAAGUUCCAUGACUCCAACAAUGGCCCCUUGCAAGAUCUGCUACGUGUGUGGGACGCCAUCAAGAACGAUGUUGCAGACCUCCUGGGUCCCGCCGACGCACUUGUUUUGGCGGAUAUUUGGGGAGACUUUCUCAUUGAAUCAAAGGGCAGGGAGUGCAGGAUCUGUGGCGUCAAAAUCAAGAAUAAGCUCAGGUUGAUGCGGGGCCAUUUUCUUAAACGGCAUUGGGUGAGAGGGGUUGGGAAGAAGAGGAUGGAUUCUGCGGGGGUUGAUGAUGGUGGGAUGGUAAGUGGGGAUGCUAGCAUGGAGGAUGUGCUGGCUAGUGUUGAGAGUGGGGGGCAGGAUGGUGCGCAAAUAGAGAUGAAUUGA